AUGUCCGACCAAAAGCACCCCGACGGCCCCGAGGGCCACUACACCCCACCCCCACCCCCACCCCCCCCACCACCCAUCCCCCCGCACCACUACCAGCAGUCCCCAUCAGCACCCCCGCGCUCACCCCCCUCCUACGCCUCCCUCCCCUCCAUCACCUCCUCCACCCCCGCCGGUCCCACAAUCGGCCCCAACGGCCGCCCCAGCACCGACGACAACCGCGGCUACGACCAGACCCCCGACUCCGGCGGCCCCGGCGACCAGCCGCCGCCCGCAUACACGGAGACCUAUGGCGAGCUGGACAUCACGCAGGACGGCAUGUCGACGCAUGCGCAACUAUCUGAGGAUGGCCGCGUCAACAUCCACAUCCAUGAAAAGGGCGGGCACCUCUCGACGCUCCUCGCGCCGGCGAUGCGCGCACAGAUGCACCUCGCCGAAAAGGCCGCCUUCCGCGCGCGCGCCGAGAAGCCCACCGACCCCAGCGCCGUCUUCGGCGUCCCCGAGUUCGCGCGCGACGUGCCGCCGCUCAACAUCCUGAUCCAGAUCAUCGGCAGCCGGGGCGACGUGCAGCCGUUUGUUGCGCUGGGCCAGGUGCUGAAGAAUCAGUACGGCCAUAGGGUAAGGGUGGCCACGCAUCCGACGUUUAAGAAGUUUGUCGUCGAGAAUGGGUUGGAGUUUUUUUCGAUUGGGGGGGAUCCGGCGGAGUUGAUGGCGUUUAUGGUCAAGAAUCCGGGGUUGAUGCCGGGCAUGGAUAGUCUCCGCAGCGGGGACGUGUCGAAGCGCAGGAAGGGCAUGUGGGAGAUACUGCUGGGCGGCUGGCAAGCAUGUAUCGAGCCAGGCGACGGCACUCCCGAGGGCGUCGGAGACCCGGCGGGGAAUAAGCCCUUUAUCGCAGAUGCGAUCAUUGCCAAUCCGCCUAGUUUUGGACAUGUGCAUUGCGCUGAGAAGCUGGGAAUACCGCUGCAUUUGAUGUUUACAAUGCCGUGGUCACCAACGACUGCCUUCCCGCACCCGCUCGCAAAUAUCCAGAGUUCCAAUGCGGAGAGCGGCGUCACAAACUAUCUCAGCUAUGUUCUCGUCGACAUGAUGACUUGGCAAGGCCUCGGCGACCUCGUCAACCGCUUCCGCGAAACCAAGCUCGGUCUCGAUCCCAUCAGCACCAUGUGGGCCCCGGGCAUGAUCUCCCGUCUGCAAGUCCCACACACCUACAUCUGGUCCCCCACACUGAUCCCCAAGCCCCUCGACUGGCCCUCGCAAAUCUCCAUCAGUGGCUUCUCCUUCCUCUCCCUCGCCUCUAGCUACACGCCCCCGCCCGAUCUCUCCGCCUUCCUCGCCGCCGGCCCACCCCCCGUCUACAUCGGCUUCGGCUCCAUAGUCGUCGACGACCCCAACGGGCUCACAAACCUCCUCUUCACCGCCCUGCGCGCGCUCAAAGUCCGCGCCCUCGUCUCGCAGGGCUGGGGCGGCCUCGGCGGCGCCGACCUCGCCCCCCCACCCAACGUCAUGCUCCUCGGCAACUGUCCGCACGACUGGCUGUUCCCGCGGUGCGCGGCCGUCGUCCACCACGGCGGCGCAGGCACCACCGCCGCUGGUAUCCGCUGCGGAAAGCCCACCGUCAUCGUCCCCUUCUUCGGCGACCAGCCCUUCUGGGGGUCCAUGGUCGCGCGCGCGGGCGCAGGGCCUGACCCGGUGCCGUUCAAGAAGCUGACGGCGGAGAUCCUGGCGGAGAGCAUACAGACGGCGUUGAGCGAGGAGGUGGGCGUGCGCGCGAGGGAGCUGGGUGAGCGCAUACGGCAUGAGGCCGGCGCGGAGGUCGGCGCAAAGACGUUCCUGGCGGGGCUGGCGAACAGCGGUGGCAACGGCGGCGUGUAUAGGUGUGUCAUCGACAAGUCGCGGCCCGCGGUGUGGCGGCUGAAGAAGAAUGAUGCGCCGUUGAGCUCGUUUGCGGCCGCGCUGCUGGUCUCGAAUGGGAUGGUUGAGGGCGGCUGGGGCGGGUUCAAGCUGUGUCGGCAUAAGGAGUGGCAGACGGAUGUGGGCCCUUAUGAGCCGCUUACGGGCGCCGCGGGGGCGCUGCUCGGCACGAUCGGGAGCGUCAUGAUGGGUGUGGGAGACUUCCCUCGGGAGAUGUUCAAGGUUGUGAAGAAGGCAGGCGACUCCUCGCCGCCGAGUGGCGAGCCCUCGGCCGUCGGUGGUAUGUUGGGCGAGAAGGGGCACAGGAGUGAUACUUCGCUGAGUGGGACCUCGACACCAAAGUCCAUGAGCGGCCCGGGCUCGUUACAGCUAAGGGGUCCGCUGAGACGAGUAGCCACCGGUGACAGUCAGGGUAGUGGAAAUGGCUUUAGUCUAGAGAUGGCGCUGGGCGCUGGAAAAGGUGUUUCUAGGAUUGUAGAAGCAGGACUAAAAUCACCAAUGGAUUUCACCCUCAGUCUUGCCCAAGGCUUCCAUAACGCGCCAAGACUGUAUGGCGAUAACGUUCGAGAUGUUGACAAAGUCACCGGCUUCCAUAGCGGCAUGAAGGCCGCCGGAAAAGAACUCACACUCGGACUCUACGACGGCGUUUCCGGCCUCGUCACGCAGCCCAUCCGAGGCGCGAAAGAGGACGGAGCCGUGGGCCUAGUCAAAGGCUUUGGCAAGGGGCUCGGCGGAGUCUUCCUCAAAGGCGGAGCAGCAUUCUGGGGUGUUCCGGGUUACACAAUGAAAGGCAUCUACCGCGAGAUCCAAAAGCUGCAGGUCUUGGAUGCCGACAAACACAUCCUCAGCUCGCGCAUCGCCAUCUCCGAAGCCGAACUGCACCAGAGCAGUCUCUCCGAGCAGAAGGCCGCCCUCGCCAAAUGGGCCACAGUACGAAUCGAGCCCAAGCGGCCCAUGAAGGACGUCUUCAACGGCGGGUUCAUGAAGGGCAAGGGCAAAGAGCGCAAAAAGACCAACGAGUCCCUCCACUAUCCCCAUGAUUCGGGGACGACGGCGAUGGAGAUUAGCUCGCCCACGACAGAAAUGACUACAGAGGCUGCACCGUAUACUCCCGGUGUGCUACAGCAGGUUGCGUCCUACGACGAUGACGAGCUGGAGAGGGCCAUUCAGGAAUCGGUCCGGGUGACAUCGCAGGGAAAUGCACAGCAUGAUGCGGCCGUGGAGGCGGCGAUCAGGGCCAGUGUUGCAGAGAUGCAGAACGUGGCAAGGAACAAUCCUACGCAGAACUCGGAUGAGGAGGAAGAAGCCUACCAGCGCGCUAUUAGAGCCUCGAUGGCCGAGACCAGCAGAUUCAAUGCCGCAGGAAGGGGAGGAUGGGGAGGAAGUGGUGGAGCAGAUGCAUGGGAAUCCUAUGACAAAGAGACUGGUGUGGUAGCGGCAGAUCGUGAGCUUGAAGAAGCCUUGAAGCAGAGUCUCGUCGAGCGAGGAGGCCACAUAAUGCAAGACGAAGCCGAAUUCGAACGGGCUCUAAGAGAAAGCGAGGUGUUCGCCGAAGGGGCCCGAGAAGACGAUGAAGACGAGCUACAAAGAGCACUUAGAGAGAGCAGGAGACAGGACAAGAUGCCGCAGGGCAGGACCGACGAGCGCGAUGAGGACUUAUUGAAAGCCAUUGAGGAAAGCAGGAGACUUGACGAGGAGAAAGAGGCGAAAAGGAUCGCCGAGGAGAAGAUAGUGAUGGAGUAUGUAAUGAAGGCAAGCCUAGAAGAGCAAGGGUACGAGAGAAGAAGGAACGGAGGCAGUAGCUUCGCAUUGAAUUAG